AUUUAUGUUGAUUGUCCUGUGCUUUAAUUUUUUGUUUAUUUUAAGCAGCAUAUUAUUGAAAUCUGCGGUCAGGUGCGUUUAUUAAACUAGAUAAUCGUACUGUUGGUUAAGAUAGUUUGACACAAGUUUAUGAUGAGUAUGGCUUCCACACCACCUUCUCUGUGUCCGUCUUUCUGUCCAUCCAACUGCGAAUUCACUCAUCACGAGCUACUUUUGGCAUUGAUAGAUUGUUGCGACCUUGAACCAGGCUCGGAGCGAGAAGAUUCCUUCCGCAAUCUGAAAUCCAUCAUCACAAAAUAUGAACAAACAAAUAAAUGGUCAAAGGAUUCAAUUAUUCCUGAUGAAUAUGUGGCCUACAGAUUUCCCAUGAUCCAUUGGGCAUGUGCCCUUGGUCAGCCCUAUGUUGUGGAAUGGCUGGUGAAGCAAGGUUUUUCCAGUGCCGUGCAGCAUGGUGAGUCGGGUGACACCGGUCUCCACAGAGUAUUCUUCUGUAUGCAGACAUCGUCCACCAAAGAGCCGGAAAAAAUCAUAAAUAGUAUGCUCCCUUACCUGUCUGACUGUUUCACUGUGAAGAACAAACUAGGCAACACUCCAUUCCACCUGUCUUGUGAAUUGCUACAUGCAGACACAACUUCGAGAAAUAAUAAAUUCUUUGCCAACUGUAUAAAAUCCAUCAUUGAAACUGCCAAAAUAGUGGAUUCAUCGUGUGAUCUUUUGCUACAAAUCCUUGAUUUCCAGAAUAACGCGGGUAACACAGGUGUUCACAUAUUGGCUCAACAUGACAGAAAUAUCGCCUGUCUGAAAAUCUGUGUCAGUGAAGGUGCUAGUCUUCUUCUGAAAAAUAAUAUGGAAAUGAAUGCAUUAGAGAUGGCAAUCAACUGUGGACAAACAAAAAAUUCUAAAUUUCUGGAUGCCCAGUGGAAGAUACAGAAGUCUUGCCUUGAUCCCAGAAGUUUGCCAAAGCCUCGCAUAUUUAAGCACAGAACCUCGUCUGAAUACAGUGAAAAGCCAUCAACUUCAUCAAAUUUUGAGGAUGAAAUAAAGAUUUUGCCAAGAUUAAGGAAAAAGCGUAAGAGGUUGUCGAUGGAAUCCAAUGAAGGGUCCCAGCAAUAUGUUGUUACAACUAGUUGUGUAGAAGCUACAAGCACAAGUAAAAUUGAAGAACAGGACAGUCCAGCAUCGGGUGAAGGUACAGUGUUAUCUGAUUCUGGAAUAGCAGAUGUUGGAAAGGGUUUCCUGUCGUACCUUCAACAUACCGGUACAGAGACGAGAGCAGCCAUUAUGAAAACUAUCAACAGCGACCGUAAUAAAAUACUACAGGAAAUGAAUGAGUACUCCAACCUGACAAGUGGUUACGACGAAAAGCAUCUGGCAUUAAGACAACAACGAGACGCUAAGCACGAAAUGAUGAACCGGAAGUUGGAAGAGGUGAUGGAGCUGCAGCAGGAUAUCGGGGACAUUGAAAACAAACUGAUUCUCCUGGAAAACAUCCACAAAACCGGACCACAGAAGAUUGCCGAACUCAAAGAGAAGUUGAAAAGUUGUGACUUGGCCCUCAAUGAGAUGCAGGUUAUUUCCGGGUCCAGUGAAGUGAUUGUUAUCGAUUGAUCAGAACAGAAUUCAGUUCUCAGUCAGCGGCUCUUUAAAGUUCUCACCAGCACUGUUACUGCCAAAUCCUGGAUCCAGCCACCACUUGUAAUACUAUGUCGCCAUAAUGAAGUCAUGCAUUUCAAAAGUUCAUUGUGUUGUUUUGCACCACCCACAAUGCUCUUUUAGUCAGAAGUAUUAUUUUUGUGACAAGUAAGAGACAAACUUGACUGCAUCCAAGAGUUAAAAUCAAAACAUGAUGUGUGUUAGUAGUGGUUGAUAUUAUUUGAUGAACAUUGUUUUGGGAUUCUGCGUAAUUGUGUCAGAAUUUUUAUGUGAUUGGGUCAUAGUGACUGAUGUGAAUUGAUUUUAUUACAGAGACUGGUGUGAACAUGAACUGUGAUGCAAUCAUUUGUAUUUUAGUGAUUCAUGUGAAAAUUAUUGUAUCAUAGUGAUAUGAAAAUUAUGUGAAAAUUACUAUCACAGUAACUGGUAUGAAAAUGAUUGUAUCACAGUGACUCAUGUGAAAAUAACUAUCUUAGUAACUGAUGUAAAAUUGAUUAUAUCAAGGUAACUGAUGUGAAAGUGAUUGUAUAAGUGACUCGUGUGAAAAUAACUGUAUCUUAGUAACUAAUGUGAAAUUGAUUAUAUCAAGGUAACUGAUGUGAAAAUGAUAGUAUCACAGAGACCGAUAUGAAAAUGAUUUUGUCAAAUGAUUUUGUCGCAGAGACUGAUUUGAAAAUUAUUGUAUGUAUUACAGUGACUGAUGUGAAAAUGCUUGUGUUGCAGUGACUCAUGUGAAAAUGCUUGUGUCAAAGUGACUCAUGUCAUGUAAAAAUAAUUGUAUAAUUAGUAUUACAGGGACUGAUGUCAAUUUAUGCGAUUGUCUCACUGUGACUGAUGUGACAAUAACUAUCACAGUGACUGUUGAGGGAGUCAGGUGCUGAGUCUCAUACAUUGUUGUAAGAAGAGCAUGGAACAUGGUUGACUUACUAUAGAUCCUGAAAUCACUGUGAUCAUUAUCAUAUUAAUGCGAAAUAUGCAAGUCCAUAUUAUUCGCAUUAAUAAUAUGAUACAUUUAUUUUAAAGUUUUGUCUGUGUGUCACAUGUCAUUAAAGCAAAACAAACAAAACUUAAAAUACUAAAAUAUAUUUUAUAAAACACAACCAGAAUACAGACGAUAGUCCAAUUACCCAAUUGUCCAGCAAGCCAGUUUUUGGCCACCCUGUCGAACGCCAACAUGAUGCACCACACGUGAAUAGGUUUUAGCAUGCAAAUCCUGAUGUCGACUGUUUUUUUGUUUUUGUUGUUAAAGUCGGCUGCAACUUUGUUGUGUUGUUGUUAGUGAAUUGAUCUCGUUGAAGAUGCCUGCACCUCAGAUUUAACUGAAGGGUUCACAAACGAGUGUUGUUAGCAAAGUAAAAUUUCCAAGGGAGGCCACAUGCAUUUUAGUGUGACCACUGUCUCUUGCAUUAAUUUAGGGACACAUUAAUUUCAGGAUCUAUAGUAUUUUGAUUAAAGGCAAUGUUUAAGAGCAUGCAGGGCUUUAAAUCUCACUAAUUUGAAUACAAAGGUUUGUUUUUACCUUUUUGGGCACACCAAAGACUUCUUUAAUGCAUUAAUGUUAUUAAUAGCUAGUAAACAUUUAUAAAUAUUCAGAAAUGCAUUUCAGUUUAUUUUAAUGCAAUUAUAUAGCUUAAUGUUUCAGUGGUCUUGAGAUCAAAUGUUUUGAAGUCCACACAUUUGUACUUAAUUUGGGCUUGCUUAUUUUAGGCACAGUGUUAAUCACCUGAAAGUUUUUAUUGGUCUUUGUUCUAUGGAUAAAAGCUCAUAAUACCACCACCUCCACCACCCACCCACUUUUAAACCUCCAAUGACGGUUUUUAGGUGUGGCGGGGGGAGGGGGAUGGGUUGUGGACUUUUUUGUGACUUAUUUUAAUCUUUGCAAGGUUCACAACUGAAUUAUCCCAUUGUAAUUCUGUUGGUGCUGACUAAUGUGUAAUCUUGUCAAAACAUUGUACUGUAAGAUGUAAGAAGAUGCUAAAGCUAUUUAAACAGUUGGUUAAAUUCACUGGUUGCCAGCUUAUUUUGAAAAACAUUUGAAAUUUUAGGGUAUGGGGGUUUGACACUAGGAAAUUUACUUGCAGACAAAUGUCCAUGUUCUUUCAUUUUGAAAAACUUUUAACGUUUUGUAUGUUGGCAAUUUUUUUUUUUAAUUAUUUUUUUCUAAUUUAUGGAGUUUCUGAAUGAGGUGAAUUACUAGUUAUCUAUUUUGAUGAACUGUUUGCAAAAUUGUUUGCCGUGUUAACUUUUAGAAUGGAUUUUAUUGAUCAUUAUAUCACUGAAAGUAAAGUAUCUUAAAUAUCUCCAUUAAAUCGAUGACCAGGCAAGGUUUUUACAGGUCUUCACCUGAGCCUUUUUUUAAUGGCAGCCACAGAGCUAUAAAAUAUCUUAAAUAUCUCCAUUAAAUCGAUGACCAGGCAAGGUUUUUACAGGUCUUGACCUGAGCCUUUUUUUAAUGGCAGCCACAGAGCUAUAAAAUCUGGUAGCCCUGAGUGAAAAUUGGUAGCCCCAUAAUUUUAAUCAAUGUUUUAAAAAAGUGAAAAAAGCAAAAUCAUUUUAUUUGAUUAAAUAGUGGCCAAACACUUGCCAUGGUGCUGCUAUCCAUCAUCAAAAUAAGAAUUGUACAAAGUUUGGUUGUGUGAUUGCUAAUUUCCGCACACAAAAUGGACUUUGAACUUUUGCAAUUAUAAAUAAUGGCUAUUUUUCUAUUUGGUACUUUAAUAUGGGUAUGGGAACUCUUUUUAUAUGCCCGUAUUCAAAAGAGUUUAGGCACGCCCAUCCCCGAUUUAACCUGACAUAGCUAGUGGCCAGUUCCAGGACUGGAGGGAAGAGGGAGGACAAUUUUACAAGGGAAACAUAUUUUAAAAGAAACCCAAAAGGGGUAAAAGAAAAUUGGGAAUUAAUUUUAAAAAUGUAUGUAAGUACCUCAGUUUGUUGUACAUAGUCAUAUUGGUUAUUUAAUCAAAUUAGUUGGCACCAAUUUUUGAGCAGGCUGUUCCAUUAUUAUUAUAUAUAAUAAAUUACAGAUUAUUUAAGCCCAUAUUAUUUAAUGCAAACUUUACAACUGGCCUCGUAUAUUUAUGAAGAACACUUUACGGUCUUGUUAAAAGAAUUCUGUAUUUAGUUUGGUUUUAGUUGUUUCACUUUCAAAACUACAAUGGAAACCCACCUCGAGCCAGGUCACUAAUCAACCAAUCAAGUUACUUUCCAAGAAACUUCCAUCUGCUCAUGCUCACUUUAGCAUGUCUUUGAAGUACGAAACUGACAUGCUUCCAGGAUUAAACUUGAUAAUAAUUGAGGCCAUUUUUAAUUUUUAAUUUAAUUUAAUUUUUUGUAUUUAAUUUUUCGUCAUUGGUAAUACUCUUUCUGGCCACUGAAUUACUUCAAAUUAUUUGUGUUAGUCCACUGUAUAAAAAAACAAAAUCCUACCACUGACAAAUGUAGUCUUCAAUUUCACUAAAUCAUAUUACGCAGUCGUCACCUGUGUGUCAGACUAGAGGUUGCAGUUAACACUAUUUCAGCAACUUGUAGCACCAGAGUGCAUACAUGAAAGGUGAAAUUUCAAUCCUCGUGAAUUAAGCGUCUUGUUAAUUGCAGAGUAACUGGAGUACAAAAAAAUCUAGUAGCCUGUGAAACUACUGGGUUUAGAUGUCUGGUAGCCCAAGCGGAAAAUUGGAAAUUGGUAGCCAAGUAACUACUCCUGUAUGCACACAGUAAACAAACGCAGUAAUGUAAGGCAAAGCAUAUGCAUACAAGUCCAAAAGCAGGGUUCAAACUUAGCAGUAGCCCGCGAUGUUUUGGCUACAUCACUUCCCUUCCAAGCCAGAGUACUGAAAGCAAUGAUAAAGAAACAAAAUGGCUGCCCAUGCAAUUAACUGGAAUAUCAUGGGUUGGUUUUUUUCAUGAAUUCUAAAAUUACUUAGUUUUCAUUUGUUAAACUGUCAGUAUGUGUUGGUGGUCUGGGCAUGCAUCUUUCCAACAUAUAAGCCUACUAUUUGACAUAAUUCUCUUUAAUUUUCUUGUCCUAAGCAUUUAUUCAUGUCUGAAAUUGAAUGUGCCUUUUCUGGUUCACAUACCAUUGAUUAUUGUUGUAAUUUAUUUGAAAUAAGGCAGUUGCUAAUUAUGGGUGGGUUUUUUGUAAAUCUAAAAUAAAAUACCUUUAAUUUUUAAAGCUGUAAGGUAAGUUUUAAUAUAGGUUGUUGCCUGUUGACUUAUCUCACCUGUAAAUUGACACUAAUAAAUGAAAAAAUUUAGAUCUGAUGAGAUGAAACUAAGAAAAGUACAGGUUUCUGUGUAUUAGUAUCAGAAUACUUGAAGCUCAUUGUAGUGAUUAUCACCUUGAAUAAAUGAUUUCCAUAUACUGGCAA